AUGCGGAGAAAGUACUUGUUGAUACCGAGUCACGUGAGAAAAUGUAAGACAGUGAAGAGGGACAGAAUGUUUAACGCCAUUUGUCGUAAAAACUGCCAGCAGAUUGUUAUUGAACUGACCUUAAUUUACUAUGAAGUGGGCCACUUGAGAAUAAAAUACGUCUGCAGACGUGUCAAGUUUGAAGAACCAAGCAAUGGCUUUGCCUUGGUGGGUCAUGUCUUUGAAAAUUGUGAUAUGGCGAUGAAAUGCGAAGCAACCAUUAACGUUGGUCAUAGCAGUGAAAGUUACAGCCACAGUUGCAAUAGCAGUAGCAGUAACAGUAGCAGUGGCAGUGGCGGUGGUGAUGGCGGUGGUGAUGGCUUUGGCGGUGACGGUGGUGAUGGCGGUGGUGAUGUUGGUGGUGAUGGCCGUGGCGGAGGCGAUGGAGGUAGCGGUGGCGUUGGUGAUGCCGGUGGUGAUGGUGGUGGUGAUGGCGAUGGCGGUGGCACUGUUUGA